UGCUUUGCCAUUGGUUUUUUAGCCAAAGACGCGGCGAGCAAAUCGUUCGCCACGCUUGCGGCACGACUGUUGCGUGCGGAGAGAGCGCGCGCUACGCUCACCUUCUUGAAUAGCACGAAACAUCUGACGUUUUGGCGUGAACAAUCUGGAAAAAAACACGCGAAGCUCGGUAUCUCUGAGGCUACCAUGUUUAUUAUCCUCUGUUGUGCCCCUUUUCUCUCUCCAAUUCAUUCUCCCGUGCAGCUCCAAGCAACAGGCAACUAUUCCCCUCUUUCUUCCGUUAGCUUUUUUCAUCUUCUGCUCCAUCCCUUUCAGAUCCUCUUCUUUUUCUUCAAAUCACACAAGGCUUGAGUCAUGGAGUAGGCUGGUGAAGAGGAGUAACUACUGUGGCUAGAGCAAAGAUCUGGCCGUGAUUCCUCGCCAGCGUCCGCCAUCGAAGCCAACGAGCCAGGAAGUUUCAUCACGGUAAGCACACUGCACACAGCCCUAUUUGUUUUUUUAGGGAUUGGGUGUUUGGAUACUUGAACUUUAUUUUGACUUCUGAAAAAAAAAAGAUAGACAUUUUCUGUUUUGUCCUAGAUGCUUAUACUCAAUGGUUGCAAAAUCAUGUUAGCUGGUAUAUGUAUUCUUUUUUGCUAGAUGUGUUAUGCAAGUAGUCCCAUUAUGUCCCUGAAAAAAAAGUAUUCCCAUUAUGAGAUUGAAAUAUUUACUGCAAAUUGUCAUAAGGAAAAUAUGUCGGUUAUUCUAUCUAAUUAUUGUGCAUCAGUAAUGUUUUGUUCUGAAUAUUUAUUAAUUACACACUUUUAAUUACUUAGAUGGACCAAAGGAAGCAAAUGUAUUUACAAUACUACUUCAACUACUACUACCAGUACUAUAUAUGGAGGGGAAGGUUGCUUUCUGCUAUUGGCCUAUGCAUAGCUAGUUACUCUUAUUUGCUUAACGUGAGAAAAAGGCUACGAGAAGGUGUGACAUAUUCUCCCAUGGCUCUUAGAGAUGUCGAGCGAGAUGCACGGUUAAAACGUUUGUUUAAUGGUACUGAGGCCAAUUGUGUUUCUGAGCUACGCAUGCAAAAGGCCAUUUUUCAUAAGCUUUGUGGCCAUUUCAUAUCGCGUGGGCUUUUAGUAGACACCCUGCAUGUAACAAUAGAAGAACAGAUUGCAAUGUUCAUGCAUAUAGUGGGACAUAAAUGGUCCAAUAGAUCAGUUGGUUUUGAGUUUUACCGAUCAGGUGAGACGGUCAGUAGGUACUUCAAUGCUGUUCUGGAUUCACUUGUUUCAAUUUCUAAAGAACUGAUAUACAUCAGAAGCACUGAAACCCAUCCAAAGAUCACAAGUAGCCCAGGAAGAUUUCACCCAUAUUUUGAGGGAUGCAUAGGAGCCUUGGAUGGUACUCAUGUACCAGCAACUGUCCCUGCACAUAUGCAGGACAGAUUUAGGGGUAGAAAGACUAUUCCCACUCAAAAUGUCCUUGCGGCUGUUGAUUUCGACUUGCGAUUCACUUAUAUCCUUGCUGGAUGGGAGGGAUCAGCCCAUGAUUCACAUGUGCUCCAAGAUGCUCUAAGCCGUCCAAGUGGCCUAAAAAUACCGGAAGGAAAAUUUUUUUUAGCUGAUGCUGGAUAUGCAGCAAGACCCGGUAUUCUACCCCCAUACCGCGGUGUUCGUUAUCAUCUUAAAGAAUACAAAGGUGCUAGAGAACCUGAAGAUUAUAAAGAACUUUACAACCAUCGUCAUUCAUCCUGUAGGACAACAGUUGAACGAGCAUUUGGUACCUUGAAAAAUAGAUUUAAUAUCCUCAAGAGUCAACCAAAUCUCCCUUUGAAAACACAAGUGAAGACUGUGAUUGCUUGUUGUGCACUUCACAAUUGGAUACUAGAAAAUGGAGAUGAUGAAUAUGUCUAUGACGAUGAUUCCUAGUAUAGGGUCUUGCCAAGAAGCAAUAGGGUAUAUCGUGACAUACGGGAAGAGAAUGCGGCUUGGGUGCUCAAACGAGAUCAGAUAGCACAAGCUAUGUGGCAAGAUAAAGUUGGUCAAUCAAUGUCAGCAACUAAUCAAGAUAUAGAAAAUGAGAACAUUGAUGCUAGCAUGUAGUUGUGGUUAUAUUAUUAUCUUUGUAAAGUAUUAUUUAGUAUGUGUGUUUCCCUGAUGCUUGGCAUGUAAGAAGUUUCAGUCCAGUACUCUAUGUCAUUUUUUGGAAUUGAUGUAGGAAAUAUCUAUUAAUAUAACUAUAACUGUUGUCUAUCCAUGCUAUAUAUUCUAUCUUACUAAUUAUAUCACUUUAUUACCAAUUUAUCAUAGCUCAGGAAAAAAAAUGGGGAAGGGGAAGGGGAAGGGGAAGGUGGAGGGUGAAGGUUCUACCCGUGAGAGAUCCAUCAGCUGGGAUGAUGACCAAACUAAGUUCAUGCUUGAUUGGUACAUUGAGUACAAGAAAGAACAACAUGCAGGCUUCAUAUGGAAAACUCAGCACCAUCUGAAAUGUGCUGAUGUCUUAAAUAGAGAGUUUGCUAUGGGUGUAACAUCUACCCAAGUAACCUGUCACUACAGGCACUACAAAGAGAACUGACAGAUAGUUGAGAGGGCUUUAAACAAUAGUGGCAAUGGUUUUGAUGCUAGUAAAUGCAAAUUGGCUAUAUCAGAGUUUGAAAAAGCUAAGCUCAGAGAUAGGGAUAGGCGUUUGCUUGCUAAGCCAAUCAAGUACUUUCAUGAGAUGAAGAGCUUUUCUCAGGCAGUAAUACGAAUGGCUCUCUUGCCAUAGACUAGCAAACAUGCUGCGACAUUGAUAACAAAUCUGGUAGUAGUGACCAUGAAGGAUUGAAUGAUGUGUCUACCUAUGCACAUCCUAUUGACAUUGUUGAAGAAGACUCUGACACAUUACCAUCGCCUACUGGUCCUGAUAAUUGCUCUCCUGGAACAUCUGGAGUUAGUAAAAAGAGACCAAAAGGUGUAAAGUCCCCGAGUAAAAGGCAGCCAAAACCUAAGAGUCGUUUCACAGAUGCCACCGAGAAAAUUGGCAAUACAAUGGACCGUUUGGUGAACCAGCUUGCCAGUCCUCCUCCACCCCCAAUGCCACAACUUGACCCUUAUGCUACAAUGUGGAAGAGGAUAGAUGCAUUACCCAUUGGUUCUAAAGAUAAGGUUGCUGUUGGAAAUUAUUUGGGACGCCAGGAGAAUGAGGGGGUGCGAGGAUUUCUUGCUGCUUCUUGUGACACAACUUUGGAGACUUGGGUGUACCAGUUCAUAUGCGACCGAGAUGGUGUGUAGGAUAAAUGGAUCUAGCUGCCAGCAUUCGAGUAUGUUGCUGACCUUUUGCUAAGUUGCAAUAGAUGUACUAAUCAAUUAUAUUGAAACCUUAUGAAAUAUCUUAGCUCCAAACAAGUAGUUACUUUUGGGAAAGGAUUAGACUAGAUAUGGGCAAACUAAUUAGCUUAUAAUGAAAUGAUGUGAAUAUGUCAUGUUCAAGCUGGUAGCUACUUUUGGUUAUUAGAACAAUUAUCACUAUACAACAAUGAUGCAAAAGGAUGGACCUUAUGCUGUGUGUUAUGAAAAUUUCUUCAGUGACUGAGUAUUGCUCUUCACCCAUGAUAUUUUAA